CAAAGAGGAAGUUUUAUUUACUUACAUAAUGCGUAUACAUGUAUAAUUUACAUGUGUAUAUAAACAAAAAAUUUUACUAUAUAAUAAUGAUUUUUUGAAUUUAUACAUAAAUAUAUACAUAUAUAAAAUAAUAUACUAUAUAAGAAGAAACCAAAAAAAAUAAAGGUGAUAUUCUAUUUCUUAAACAAAACAUACAAGAUUCAAUAAGACGAAAACUUUACAAAAUUUUCUUUGAACGAAAAGAAAAAACAAAUUUUUUUUGAGAAUUUUUUUAAUAAAAAUUUAAAAUAAAAGAAUGUUACUGGGAGCAUGGCCACUUGGUGCCAAAGGUUCAAAUUCGAACCAAAAGCACAAUAAAUUUCGAUUUUUAUUAUUAAUCGGUGGUUAUGCAGUGUUUUUAAUAUUGGGAGCAUCAAUUUUUUCAUCAAUAGAAGCACCAAAAAUUGCUGAUAUUGAUCGGCGUAUAGAUGCAUUUCGUGAUGAAUUCUUAGAUAAAAAUCGAUGUCUUAAUGAUACUGAUCUUGAAGAAUUUUUAGCUGCUGUUGUCAAAGCUAAUGAUAGAGGUAUUUCACCCUUACGUAAUGUAUCAAAUGAAUUAAAUUGGGGUUUUGGUCAAUCAUUAUUUUUUUCGAGUACAAUUGUAACAACAAUUGGUUAUGGUCAUGUUACACCAUUAAGUCAAACUGGAAAAAUAUUUUGCAUUAUAUAUGCAAGUUUUGGUAUACCAUUAACUCUUGUAUUAUUAACUGCAAUAAUUGAACGUUUAUUAAUACCGGCAAAUUGGUUACUUGGAAAAUUAAAUUCUUCAUUGGGUCAUUUAUAUCAACCAUUUAAUAUUCGACUUCUUCAUUUAACAAUAAUUGUUACAAUUGUAGCUAUAAUAUUUGUAGCUAUACCAACAAUUAUAUUUUCAUAUUUGGAACCAGAAUGGGGAACAUUGGAUGCACUCUAUUAUUGUUUUAUAACAUUAACAACAAUUGGAUUAGGUGAUUAUAUUCCAGGAGAAAGUGUUGAACCAGAAAAUCGUUCAUUAUAUAAAAUUUGCAUUGCUAUCUAUUUAAUUUGUGGUUUGAUUGCUGUCAUGUUAUGUUUAACAGUUUUCUAUGACAUUCCUCAAUUAAAUUUAGGACAGUUAUUUACUGAAAAUGGAACUGGUGAAACUGAAAAAUUAAGAUUAUCUGGUAAUGCUGCACCAUGUUAUUCCGGUCCAUCUGGUUUAUAUAUACCACAACAAGAUGAAGAAAGACGAGCUGUUGUUAGAAUUCGUCCACAUGGAGGUGAUGAAUCUCCAAGUCCAACUGAUGAUCAACCAUCAUCUUCAGCUAUUACACAUAGUGAUAUACGAGUACCAUAAAUUUCAUGUUCUUAAUUUUUCUUUAUAAUUAAACUUUAUUUUAUAAUUAAAUGAAUUUAGUUUGUGUUUUAUUUUUUUGUUUUUGUUAGUUUUUAAGUUUAUUUAUUUAUAUAAUUUUCAAGUAUAAAAAUAAAUAAUAUCAUAAUAUUUUAGAUUUAAUUACACCCUAAUUUUAAUGAGAACUUUUUUAAAAAUUUUAUAAGUAUAAAUAAAUAUAUUAUUAAAAUUUUAUAUAUAUAUAAGAAUUAAAAAAAAAAACGAGGAAAGAAAGAAAAUGUGUAAGCCUUAAAACAAUUCAAAUUGUUUGCGAUCAAUUUCAAUUUUUGUUACAUUAAAUUUUAAAAUAUUGUUUAUAGAUUAAUUAAUUCAAUUGAAAAGUUUUUAUAUUUUUGAAUUUCGUACAAAUGAUUAUUAUGAUAAAUGAUUAAAAUUCUUAAUAAUAAUUUAAAAUUGUUAUUAGAAACAUCUAGUUACUUGCUGUCUCAAAAAGGAACACAAAGCAAUAGCUGAGAAUGUCAAAAUAUGAAAAUUUAUUUGCGGAUUUAGGUCAACUAAAUAAACCAAUAAUUUUCAUUAAAACAUCAAAAUGAACUUGGAAUUUCUACUAAAUUAAUAAUUUUCAUAUAUUCUGGAAUCCUAAUUAAAAUUAGCACCAUGGUAUUCUUAGUAAUUUUGCAAAAUUUUGUAAACGAAACCUUAAUUUCUAUAUCAUUUUAAAAUUAAGAGCGCUUUAAAAACUUAAAAGUAAAGAAAAUUUCUGUGGGUUAUAAACAAAAAAUUACCUUAGCAUAGUUUACUAGUUUUUUAAUAUAUUGAUUAGCCAAUAAUUUUAUUUAAAUUUGCUCCCUUCGAAAUUAAAAUAUAAGAAACUACAAUUAGUGGAAAUAUUAAUUAUAAAUAUUAAAAUUAAUUUAAUUGAUCCAGGAUUUUUAGGAUAAGCAAUUGAAAAUCAUAGGAAUUUUAUUUUAAUUUUUGUUCUUUGUUUUUUUGAUUUUAACAAAGCCCAUAAUCAUAGUGUUUUAUUUAUACAAAAUUUCAUGCGAUUUAAUAUAAUUUUAUUGAAUUCCCGUACGAAGUAUUAAUACAAAAACUCUAAUUUUCUCUUUUUCUAAAAUUUUUUGGAACAGCAUUUUGUAUACAUUCGAAUUAACUCUUAUUUUAUAUCGUAUACAUAUUAUAUACUGUGCUAAAAUAUUCCAAACCCCAAUUAAAAAUAAAAAAAAAUAUAUUAAUUUUAAAUUGAAAUUGAUUCGUACGAAAAGAUGCAUUAAAUUAUGACUUUAUAAUAAGAAAUUACUUUUAUAGCUGUAGAGAAAGCUUGAAGAGCAGUAUAAAAAACUGCAUAGAAUAAACCUUGAUUUCAAAAUUGCAGUAAUACGAUUAUUGCUAUACAAUUUAGCAAUUACAAUUUGUAAACUAAAUUCUAUAGCUAUACCGUACUACUGAAUUUUUGAAGUAAGAAAAAAUUGUCUUUGCAUAAAUAUAAUAAUAUGUAACUGUAGUUACACUGAUACAAAAAAAAAACAAAAUAAAUAAAUAAAAUCAUAAUAAAUGUUAAAUUUAAUCCAUCUCAAUAAAAUAACUGUUUAUCUGUAUGUAGGAAAAAUACAAAAGAAAAAAACUAUAUUAGUAUAAAAAUUAAUUAAAUUUAGUAUAAAUAAAAAAAAAAAUUAUAAAUUGUAAAUAAGAUAAUAAAAUAUUUUACUUAAUGUAUAAAAAAAAAGAAAUUAUUUUGCUGUAAAUAAAAUACUAUAAAAUUUAAAAAAUAAAUGAAAAUCUCAAAGAAAACAAACACAAAAAAAAUCUAAAGUAGUAAAAUUCUAAAAUAAACAAAUUUUUUUUUUUUUGAAUAAGUAAGAUAACAUUAAAAUCCCUGACUGCAAAAUUGCAGUAAUACAAUAUUUACACACAAUUCAGCUACAAAAUUGUUAAUUGGUGAAUAGUGUAGAAAAUACAAUAAUGCUACAAUUUUGAAGUUAAGAAUUAUUAUUGUACUCUAUAUAAUAUUAUAAAAAAAUAUAAAUAUAUAAAAAAAUACAACAUAAUAAAUAAUUAUGUAUGUAUGUACUAUAACAUAUGUUAUUUGAGUAAAUGUUAUUAAAUGUAUUAAAGACAUUGUAUAAGGAAUUUAUUAAGAGUCUGUAUAUUAUACUAUAUAUAUAUAUUUCUUCUAAGAGUUAUUAUACUAUAUAUAUAUAUUUCUUCUUAUAUUUAAGUUAAAAAAAUCUGGUAAUUUUAAUUUAAACAUUGUGUUUUUAUUUUAUUUAUAUAAUUUAAAAAUUACAAUGAUUUUCUUAAAUUUAAUUUUUAUAAUCUCAAAUUAUUUAUAAAAAUUCUUCAUAAAUUUAUUUUAUUUGUUGUUUAAAACGGAUAUAGUAUCGAUACGUUAAGCAAUAACGAUUUUUAUUCAGUAGUUUAGUAAAGAAAAUAUCAGACCAGUGAGAAAUGAAACCAUAGCGUAACUCAUAUUAUAACUCGUACUUAGAAAUUUUUCUAGGUGAAGAAAACAAUCUCAACAAUCGUCUUGAUUUUUGUCGUUUGACAUUUAAACAAUUUUGGAUUUAAAAAAAAAUAUACAUUUCUAUUCUAAAAAAAUCUGAUAAUAAAUAAAUAUCGACUUAUAAUUCAGGUAGUAUACAGAUUAUUAUUGCUAGAUUUCGCAUAUAUCUUAUGUGCUGAAACUAGAGAAUGAUAGCCCGAAAAUUGUACUUACUAAUAUAUUUUGAAAAACAUGGAUUUUUUAAAUUUUAUUGAACUUUAAGUAUUUAAGUAUGUAUUUAUUCAUUUUAUAAAGUAAGUAUUAUUUAACAAAUUUCUCAAAUAAACAAAGAAAUCUAUACAGAGGCAGAAUACAAUUACAUAUACAUAAAACAAAAUUAAAUUAAUUUUGUCAAAAUUAUUGCAGCCAUUUAUCGAAGUAUAAGCAAAAGUAGAAUGACUAUUUGCCAUUGUAAUUAGAAUUUCCACGUAACUGCUUCUAGAACGUCUACUCAGUGCAACACUAAUUUAGUUUAUAACUAAACAAUGUAUUUUUUUUAAAUCUUUCACAAAUUAUUAUAUUUAAAUAUUUAAAUUUAAGUUUAAAUAUUUAAUGAUUAUUUGAAAUGUAAUAAAAACUAAGUAACAUAAUGUUAUGCUAUUAAUUACGAAAUUUUGUUGUAUUUAACAAACCAAAAUGGAAAUUUAAUAAAAACCAACGUUCUGUAAAGCAGCACUUUUCCCUUCAAUAAGUGAAAAUACUGCAAUUAAAAAUAAUUUAUUGCAUUAUUUAAAUUACUUUCGUCAAAUACCAUAAAUUAUUUUUGUUUUCAUUCAUAUGACUUACAUGAGUUGACAUAAGUAAUUAUGUUUUUGAUGGCAUGGCAUUUUCCGUUAGCUUUCUGUAUUUUAUAUAAAUUUGGAAAACCUUACAGUUUCGGAAACAUAAACUGCCGCAAAUUCAAAUUUUACAAAUUUCGAGGGGCAAUUAAUUGAUAAGAGAUGGAGAUGGAAAAACAAUUUCUUUUAACAAAAUAAACGUUUUAGUAUCUCAAAGGCGUUAAAAUUUCUGAAUCUUUCAGAAAUACAACUUAUGGUCUAGAAGGAAAACGAUAUCAAAAAUUUGAAAAAAAAAAAAAAAAACAGAUUUUUCAUAACGGUUUAUUUAAUUUUAACAUCCAUUUUAUUAUUUUAAAUAUAAACUAUGCAAUGCCGCUAUACUAUGGUAGAAGAAGUCAGUCACUUCUUUUCUUAUUAUUAUAAUUCGAAUAUAAAAAUAUUUGUAGUUUCACUACAAUAAAUAAUUAAAAAUGCCAUUUUUAGGACAUUUUAAGGCUGGAACUUUUUCUGCUAUCGAAAUAAGUUUAUAAUAAAAAUCUAUUUGUAUAUAAAAUUUCAGCCUUCUAUCUUAAAGGUAAAAGUUUUGUAAGCACAGAUAAACAGACGGUACUUCUUUAAAAUAUUUUUUUGGGAAAGUGCUAAAAAAUACAGUUUCCUCAGCUUUUAAAUUUAUUUAUAGUUGAAAAAAAAUAAACUUGAAUGUCAAACUGAAGAGAUUUCAAGUGAGCUCAUAUAAGAAUUAAGCAAAUUUCUCUUUUUUAAUUUACUUAUAAAAGGAGGUUAGAAAAUUAAAAUAUAAGAGGUCAUAAAUUCAAAACAAAACAAACUUUUAAUACAAGUAAAUACAAGUAAAAUUAUUAUACUAUAUAUACAAGACUCUGUAAAUUCUCAAUACAAUUUAAUUUCAUAUGUCAGGUCAUUUCCCCGUAUUCCAAAUGAUUAUUUUAGUUUUUAAUUUUUUUUUCAAAAGUUAAUGCAUAAGAGGUAAAUAACAUUUUAACAACAUGUUUAUUGCGAAAAUUGCGUAAUUGCAGAUCAUUGCCAUUUGCACAACUAAACGAUUGACGUGAUUGGAUCUUUAACAUACUGGGAAGUGGACUUAUAUACAUGGAAAUGCCUAAAAUUGUGUAAUAUGUAUAUAUUUUAUUCUCAUAAUAUAAUUUUAUAUAAUUAUAUUAAAUAUUUAUAAUAUAUAUAUAUAUAUAUAUAUAUAUAUAUAUAUAUAUAUAUAAUAUAUAUAUAUAUAUAUAAAUAUAUAUAUAUAUAUGUAUGCAAACAUUGUUGAAAGAUAACUAAACAAAUGCUUUAAAUAUCCUUUAAAAAAACUUUGAACCUCUUAACAGUGUUCUCUGCAAUUUUAGGAACUUAAUAUGAAGGACAUUGACUAAAUUUUGACAGAAUAUAUUUUAAAUAGUGGAAGAUAUAAACUUGUAAUAAAAUUAAUACCUACCCAACCCGACUUUUCGUUAGGCAAUUGCUGUAUCGCUAACUUUUAUAAUAAUCAGUAACAGUUAUAACAUAGUUCCACUACAUGUUUGCAUAUUUAUACUCGUACGUAAAUUUACCUAUGGAUAAAAAAAUCAUAUCUAUAUUUAUAAUCGAUGUAUUCUACCACAUAAAUCUUAAAGAAUAUUGCUUUGAGACACAUCACAAAAAUAUUUAUUUAAUAAAUUACAAUACAAUUCAUAAUAAAAUAAUAACAAUAAAAAUAGCAAAAAAAAAAAUUAAAUAAAACUAAACAAAAUACACUUACUAUACAUACUACUAUACAUUCAUAUUUGUUUUGAAAUCGGUGUACCUAUACCUAUAUAUAAUCAUGUUCAAAAAAUACAAAUGUAUUUAUUUAUUAUCUAAAAAUUAAAUUUAUUCCUAUAAACUGAACUUAAAUACUAUUGUAUAAAAUUAAAGCUAAUUUCAGUCUUCCAGAAAUUUUUUAUAAAAUAAAUGAUAAAACAAUAAAACAAAAACAAAUAACACUAUCUAUAUACUUACAACAACAAUAACUACUACUACUACUACUACUACUACUACAUACACUCAAAAAGGAAAACCAUUUUUCGGUUUCAAAAUUAAAAAUAUUUAUAUGGAAAACAAAAAAUUUAUAAUUAUUAAUGUAGAGAAAAGAAUUUUAUUAUUGAAAUUAAUUUCAAUUCAAAAAUAAAAUAUUAUAUUAUAAAUAAAAAUUAUAUAUAAAUUAUUUUAUUUAAUUUUAAAUUACUAUAUAAAAUUCCAUUUUUCAAUUCAUAUUGCAUUGCUAUUAAUAGCUAAGUUAUUAAUUAUUUCUGAGUAAAGUAAAUUAAUCGCAAAUUUCAAUUAUAUUUGCUCUUUCUUUUAAAAGUAUUAUUCAAAUAUUUUUUUUAACCAAAAUUUGUACACAUAUUUUAUUUCCCUUUACUGUCAUUAAUGUCAAUUCUUACAUGUCAUUCUAUUUAUUCCUUAUUUACUUUCAGAAGAAAGUCCAUCACCUGUCCGUCAUCAUUGUUUUUAUCAGUCAGUUUUUAGUGAAUUUAUAUCAUUUACUUUUAGUGUUAUGAUUAAAAAAUACUCCGUUUUAUCUUGUAAACAAAUGGACUUAUGUAAUCUUUUUAAUACAUAAUUAAAAAUUCUACUUUACUAUUUUAGAAAAAUAUCAAAAUUCUUAAAAUGCAUUUAUCUUUUUCCCUCAUUUUUAGCCUAUUUUUAUUGGUUCAUAUUUUAACCUCAAAAAUUCAAUAAUAAUUUACUUUAUUCAGUAAAUGGAAAUAAAAUUUUAAAUUGGAUUAUAAUGUGAAACUCAUAUUAAUAAAAUAUAUAUUAAGAAAACAUGAUACCAGA